CCGCCUCCCCACAAGCCUCGCGAGAUCCCAGGUGGCGCCUGGGCUGGGCCGCGGCUCGGGGCAGGCGGGACGAUGGCAGCGGCAGCCGGGCGGCUCCUGGCGGCCACCGUGGCUCGCUCGGGGCAUGCGGGCUGGGCCGGGCCGGGCCGGGCCCCGGCCGUGCCGCUGGUGCCCUCCCGGGGCGCCACCGUCACCCGCAGCGGCGCCAUUUUGCCCAAGCCGGUUAAGACGCCCUUCGGCCUCCUCAGAGUGUUCAGCGUCGUGAUCCCUUUCCUGUAUGUUGGCACUCAGAUCAGUAAGAACUUUGCAGCCUUACUUGAAGAACAUGAUAUCUUUGUCCCAGAGGAUGACGAUGAUGAUGAUUAAAGGCACUGGAACAGAAGAACAGAAAGGAGAAAGCCAUUGACAAAACAAUGGUUCCAACAUCUGUCACCUGUGUUUUGCCCUUCCCAAAGGGGACAGGGGGCUUUGUAUCCCCUUUUGCCAGUGAGUGUCCUGCACAUCUCUGUAUGCUGGAAAUCUGUAGAUCAGGGUUGAAGGAAGUGCUUGAUAGGCCCUGCAUCCUUGCACACACAUGCUCACCUCAUCAAAGACUGCUUGGGAUGCCUUUAAUUAGCAACAUGGGAAACACUUAAUUAAAGACCCAGAGAUUGACAUGUGCAA